GGCUCAGCACUUUCAGGGGUGUGAACUCUCUCCUCACAGUUAAAGCACAAGCAGCAGCUGAAAGAGCUUCCUUGGAGAAGACCCGGCAACUCCUCAGCAGGUUGAAGCGAAGGGUCUUGCAGGAACCUGCAGCCAGAGCCUCUUGAACCAGCAUGGCUGGCCUUCAGGACAACACUCUGUGGAUCGUUCUGGUGGGAAGAACCAAAAGUGGGAAAAGUGCGACAGCAAACACCAUCCUUGGGAAAAAAGCAUUUGACUCUAGAAUUGCUUCUGGGUCUGUUACCGAGAAAUGUCAGAAAGACGAGAGGGCCUGGGAGGGGAGGAAGCUUCUUGUUGUGGACACCCCAGGGCUCUUUGACACCAAGGAGACACUGUCGACCACCUGUCAGGAAAUCAGUCAGUGUGUCCUCUACUCCAGCCCCGGGCCUCACGCCAUCAUCCUGGUUGUACAGCUGGGUCGCCUCACAGAUGAGGAGCGCAAAACACUAGAAUUCAUCAAGGCCAUCUUUGGGGAGCCUGCCAUGAAGCACAUGAUCGUCUUGUUCACUCGCAAAGACCAAUUGGACGGUCAGGAUCUCAGUACGUUUAUAGCAAAGGCAGACAAGCACCUAAAAGACAUCAUCACAGAGUGUGACUUACGCUGCUGUGCCUUCAACAACAGAAGUGCAGAUGAGGCUGAGAGGGAAGCUCAAGUGCAGGAGCUGGUGGGGCUGAUAGAGGCAAUGGUGCGGGAGAACGGAGGGGCUCACUUUUCAGAUCCCAUCUACAAGUACACGGAGGAAACGUGGAACGUGUGGAAGAGGCACUGGACAAAAUCUCUGCUGAAUGAGACGCUAUGGAAAAACAGGUAAAAGAGAAAUAUGAUCAAGGAAAGAUAUCAAAGCAACAAAUGGAGAAAG